CCUUUGGUUGCGUCACAAAGAGGAUCCAACCAGACGGAUUAAACAACGAUCAUAAUGUGAGGAUGAGACAGCAUUGUACAUGAUUACUCGCCAUCUACGCACAAAAACUCAUGGACCAUCCUCUUCCCAUACGGAUUUCUGGGUGAAUUUCGUUCCCGAUCAUUAUCUUACUCUAUUAACACCAACAUGGCCAGCUCUACCGCUCAGCUCAAGGCAGUGAGGGCCCUUCUCGUCCAGCAGAAGUGGCAAGAAGCAAUAGAGCAAGCAUCAGCCAUCGUGCUAAAUGAUCCGGGGAAUUACCAGGCCCAUCUCUUCCUCGGCCGUGCCUAUGCUGGGAAGAACCGCCUAGACGAUGCCGAAAAGGAGUAUGAGGCUGCCGCACCCCUGCGGCCCUCUGACCAUCAGGUCUGGCAGGGCUUCAUUCAGUUGUAUGAGAAGCAAGGUCCCAUUAAGUUGAUCAAGUACCAGCAAGCUGCCUUGAACCUGGCUGCUAUUUUUCGGGAUCAAGACAAUAUGUACAAAUGUCAAGACGUCAUAGACAAGUUCGUCGACUUUGCCCGUGCCCAAGGAUCUCGUCUUCAAUAUGUCCAAGCGUUGGAAGUGAUACUUCCGGGCAGUCCCAUAUACCCAGCACUUGAGGGGCGGGUACCACGUCCAGACAAGACGUAUGACACCAUUGCCCAAAUCCUAGAGGCAGACGAGAGGAGACGCAUCAACACUCUCAUUGGCGAGCGACGGACAAGGAUUGGUGCGAGACUCAAUGAAGUCACCACCGAGGUGAAAAGAGAAAUCCUUGGCCAGAGCACUCUGGGCCACAUUUAUGAGCAGUUGAUCAGUUGGUCCAAUGACGACGAUGUCAGACGCCGGUAUGAAGAGAAACUGCUUCAAUUCAGAUACGACCGCCUCCUGGUUUUUCUCCCGGGUCCUAAAAAAGAAGCCGAGCUUGUGACGGUUCAAAAGCUGGCAAACGACAUGGUCAUUAUCAAGCAUCCAUUCAGACUUGCUUGGGAUAUCACGGUCAACUGGCAAGACUGUGAGGACAUCAAAGACUGGGACUUUAAUCUCCUUAAUGAUUACUGUUCACAUUUUCCAGAGAGCGAUCUUUACAAGGUUUUGACUGGAUUCAUGACCAGCAACAUUUCUCCCUUCCCCAAGAGGACUGCACCCGCAUCUGAGCCAGCGGAAGCCAAAGAUGAGGAAGACACGAGUGAAGAUGACGAAGAUGGCGGUGCACCAACCUCGAUGAUCCCUUUCACCGAUGAGGAUCGAUUGACGAUGAUGGUCGAGGGCGUCGCAACUACCAAUUCGCUGCUUGCCCAUCGUCUCAUGGGAGAAUACUAUCAACACCUUGAAGAACAUGAAAGUAAUGUCGAACUGAUGCGCAAGGCAAUGCGAUUUAUGAUCGAGGAAACAACUAGGACAGGGAAGAUCUUUGCGAACACCAACAAGGCUUUUAUGUUGUACUUAGGCACAGCUCUGGUAUUUUACCAGUCCCCGAGAAACCACGGUGAAGCCAAGUUUCUCUUUGACAAGGUGCUCGAAGUCGAUCCCUUGUCCACAUCCGCACUGAUUGGAGUAGGGCUUAUUUACGAGGAGGAAGAAGAGUAUGACGCCGCCAUCGAUUUCCUCGAAAGGGCACUGCAACGCGAUGCAAGCAACCUGCGAGUCCGGGCCGAGGUAGCUUGGCUUUACGCCCUCAAAGGCGACUACAUCAAGGGCAAAGCAGAGCUUGAGUCCCUCCUCCAGUCCAUGUCCGAAGAGAAGAUGUCCUCCAGGGAGCUUCUAUCUCAGACGCAACAUCGACUUGGGAUCUGUGUAUGGAACCUGGAUGACUCCCAGGCGGCCAGAAAGAGCCGUAAGGGUGCCUAUGCACAUUUCAUGGCGGCUCUGAAAAGUGAUUUCAUUUAUGCACCUGCAUAUACCAGUCUAGGUGUUUACUUCGCCGAUUACUCCAAGGAUAAGAAGCGUGCUCGAAAGUGUUUCUUACAUGCCAUUGAACUUUCGUCCUCCGAGAUUCUGUCCGCUGAACGUCUCGCCAGGUCUUAUGCAGAGGAUAGCGAUUGGGACAGUGUGAAGCUGGUUGCCCAGCGCGUUGUGGACUCUGGCAAAGUGAGACCACCUCCAGGUUCCAAGAGGGAGGGAAUCAGCUGGCCUUUCUCUGCUCUCGGAGUGGCCGAGUUGAACAACCAAGAGUAUGCCAAGUCCAUUGUGUCCUUCCAGUCAGCACUCCGCAUGGCGCCGAAUGAUUACCAUUCAUGGGUCGGACUUGGCGAAAGCUAUUACAACUCUGGCCGGUACAUUGCUGCCACCAAGGCCCUCCUCAAUGCACAGAAGUUGGAGGAGGCUUCAGGCGCCGGCUCAUUGGGCGACACAUGGUUUACCAAGUACAUGCUUGGAAACGUGAAGCAUGCCAUUGGAGAGUAUGACGACGCUAUUGCGUUAUUCAGGGACGUCUCGAAUACUCGGCCGAACGAAGCUGGUGUGGCGAUUGCUCUCAUGCAGUCCAUGGUAGAUUAUGCGCUGGACUGUCUGGAGAAGGGAUUCUUCGGUAAAUCGAUCGGGCUGGCAACGGAUACCAUCUCGUUUGCAUUGGGAGUGCCAACUCAAGUUUCCGACACCUUCAACUUCUGGAAGGCUAUUGGUGACGCUUCCUCGAUCUUUUCUCAAAUUCAGAGCCAUGCCCAAGAAUUUCCUACUAAGGAGAUCCGGGCACUCUUAGGAGAGGGUGAUGAGUACGAAGGCGCGUACCAGAACAUGCACGACAUUGAUGGUGUGGGUAAGGGUGUGAUCUUUGCGGAGGGCCUCUUCUCAGAAGACGAAAGACUUGGCGUUGAUUUGACUCGAAGUCUACAUACCUCCAUCCUUGCUCACAAGCGUGCAAUCCACGCGUCGGCACAAGACCUUCAUGCUCAAGCUGUCGCGUACUACAAUCUUGGCUGGGCUGAGCAUCGAGCUCACGUUUGCCUGCCCGUAGAUCUGCGGUCGGAACAAAGCAGAUACCGCAAAGCGGCCCUUCAAUGCUUUAAGAGGGCCAUCGAGUUGGAACAAGGCAAUGCGGAUUUCUGGAACUCCCUCGGUGUCGUUACCAGUGAGAUCAACCCUGCAGUGGCGCAGCACGCAUUUGUUCGAAGCUUGCAUAUCAACGAAAGAAGCCCACACACCUGGACUAAUCUAGGUGCUCUGGCCCUAUUUCAGAAUGACGUCCAGCUAGCGAAUGAGGCUUUUACAAGAGCUCAGUCCAAUGAUCCAGAUUAUGCCCAUGCUUGGCUUGGUCAAGGCUUUGUCGCACUUCUCUAUGGUGAUGCCAAAGAAGCUCGUGGCCUCUUCACACACGCAAUGGAUAUCUCCGAGUCGUCGUCUACUCUCACGAGGCGGCAAUACUCCACAUCACUUUUCGAUCAUGUAUUGACCAAUCCGUCAGACUUGAGCGUCAUUUCGCUCGUCCAUCCCCUGUUUGCCCUGGGCCAGUUGCAAGCCCUGCAACCUCAAGACCUAGCGUAUGGUCACCUUUCAGCGCUUUUCCAGGAGCGAACGAACGACAGCCCCCGAGCCAUUGCGACCCUAGAGAAGGCGUGUGAGCAACUCGAGGCUGAUUACGAGGCUACCGAGUCGCCGGUAUCACUAGGACGUUUCGCACUUGCCAAGACAGAUCUCGCUCGGUCGUAUCUUGCUGCAGGUCUACAUGAACAGGCCAUCGAGUGCGGCGAAGUGGCGCUGCAAUUGAGCAGUGACGAGUCAGAGAACGAACUCUCUGCCGAAGAGCGAAGGAAAGCUCGUUUGUCCGCACAUGUUACCGUCGGCUUGGCACAAUAUUUUAGCGACAACGUGGGGGAGGCGCUAACCUACUUCGAGACGGCACUUGACGAGUCAGAUGGCAAUCCUGAUGCUGUCUGUGUGCUAGCCCAAGUACUUUGGGCUGCCGGCACAGAGGAAGCGCGUGACCGAGCUCGCAGCUCCCUUUUCGAGGUCAUUGAGAAAGACCCCAGUCACGUGCAAUCAGUUCUCCUGCUGGGCGCAAUCGCGCUGCUGGAUGGCGACGAAGAGUCGCUGGAAGCGGUCGAGUCCGAACUGCACGUUCUCCGAACGAGCGACAAGGUUACCGAUGGAGAACAUUCCCGUAUUGGCGAAGUCCUGCGAGCUGUUGCUGUGUUGUCCACCAACAGCACGGAAGAGGCUGCCGUCACCCAGAUCCAGAACGACAUCAUGCUGUAUCCGCACCUUCCCCACGGCUGGUCAAGACUCGCAGAAGUUAGCGGAGAGGUGUCACUGGCUGACAUGGCUCUGGAUAUUGCGAUGAAGGCCAUCCCGCCCAGAGGAGAACUUGAGGCAGAUGACCUUUCUGGUGCUUAUGGUGGCACUGGCAAGGUCGCUGAUGCUCAGAAGGCGAUGUUCAUCGCGCCGUGGAUGAGUAGUGGAUGGGACAGCCUGAGCAACGCUGUAGCUGGCUGAGGUUAAAGGCUUCCAAAGGUUACUGCCUCUGCUCUCUUGUGUGGGCAUGCGAGUGUCAUGCCGGUAGAUAUCAUCAACUGAGAUCUUGGUCGAUGGACAAAAUGUCACCUGGCCCCUAUCUGAUCACAUCACCUUGUUCCAUCCUUUUUGGGGGAUGAAUAGCUCGUCACUCGUCUAGAUAUGUGGAGGUUCACUUGGUGUGCUAUUCAAGAAUAUGAUUGGUUGCAUGGGGCAUUGUAUAAGGCAUAAAUGCAUGUAGGGAAACGGAAAAGUAGUCGACAUUGAGGACAGCGGAUUAUUCAAGGCUUGGGCAUGGAAAGAUUCGGUAGUACAGUCUUCAAAGAGUAAAGCAAUGCGAUUCAGGUCACAUCCUCUCCCGUUUUCUAUACAUUAGAAUGGCGCCGAGACCGUUACCCAUUUGAUUUAAAUAGUUUAAUAACCUAUACGUC